AUGAAUGUAUCUUCCAUUCUUCUGGCAACCUGUCUACUAGGACUAUGCCGUUGCAGAAACUCAAGACUUCCCACUGACAGACUCUUUAUCGAGGUUCUAGACGACUAUGCAGAGGAUGAAGUUGUCAGCUAUCAUCUCAUAAAGGGAACAAGGAAGAAUAGAUCGAGUGGCCAAAGACAGGUGUGGGAUUUGGCCAACGGAACUGCCUAUGAAGUAGAGCACACACUGCCUUUGGCUCUUAGAUACAGUGAUGAAAAGGUAGAAUAUCUGACGGUGGAAGAUUCUAGGGAACUAACUCACUCUAGACACGCUACUACUUUGGACAUUUCUAGUAUAGACUCAUCAUCUUACCAGUUCUUUGACUAUUCCUUUGACGGUAAUGCGACAAGACUUGUUGUUCCUAAUAAGGGUUUAAAUUUUAAAAAGUUAGUGGAUGGAAAGAGGAAGGUUUAUACUCUGCCCUCUGGAGAAAAGCUCGAGUAUGCCAAACUCUACCUUAACAAGGAUGGUAUAGCAGAGCUGGUAAUUCUAGUAGCUAAGAUAUCUGAUAGUGUAAUGGAACAUUAUCUUGAACUAAAGGACGGGGUAUGGGUAUCCUGUGAUGAUCAUGAAAAAAAGAUGAGAAGUUUAGUUUCUACUGCAGAAUUCAAGGGGACUUUAAUCCUAAACAUUGAAGACGAUAAGGAUACCAAAGAAUGUACAAUCUUUGAAACAGAAUUACUAGGUAUUACCACUAGACACUUUUAUCCUAAGCCUGGCCAUCUUGUCAAGAAGGUUACGGAUGGGAGUAGUGAGUUGUGGAAUUCCUCAAAACCUCUUAAUGUACAGGGAGUCUAUGCAAGGUGGAAUGGAUACUUUGACGACUAUUGCCUUUCUUGUCUCAUUCACAAACGUGGGAACAUAGAACUACUAGUAAUGAUUGUAGUGGAAAGAUUGUCAGAAGGAAAGGAAUACUUUGAGAGGGUAAAUGGAACCUGGAAGAAUCUCACACGAGACGAAUUUGACAGGAAGAUAGAGGAGAUUAAGGGAUGGUCUAUACCAUAA